UUAGACUGAAGUGGGAUAGAAAAGCCUGUGUUUGUCGUGCAAGUGUAGGAGCCAUCAUGCCUCGGUCUUUCUUAGUGAAGAAAGUCAAGCUGGACGACUAUUCGGCUGCCGAGCUGGAGAGCUCGUAUGGUCACAGCCGAAGAGAAGAGCUCAGUCUGCGAUUCCAUCAUCAUGACAAAGGUUACGUCAGUGAUUAUCUGAGUCCUAAUCCGUACGACGAUGUGGUUGGAAGCGAUUCAUCAGUCAUCUCUAAAGUACCCUCCCCGAGCCACUCAUCAGUCAUCUAUGGCCGCAUCAACAACACAUAUUCUGGCAUCCAUGGUGAUAUCCAUGGCGAUUCGGACCAGCCUGACAGUCCCCGGUCCGAGGUUUCGUCAUCAGCCGGUGGAUACAUCAACGGCGACACAGCUGUGAGUGAAGGAUACAGCGUGGAUGCGUUUUUCAUCAUGGACGGACGAUCACGAAGGAAAACCACGGGAACCCUGAGGGGAGCUGCCCAGAGGCACACCUGCAGUGAGUGCGGUAAAACCUACGCCACGUCCUCCAAUCUGAGCCGGCACAAGCAGACGCACAGGAGCAUAGACAGCAAGAUGGCUAAGAAGUGCCCCACAUGUGGGAAAGUGUACGUCUCCAUGCCAGCCAUGGCUAUGCACCUCCUGACCCACGACCUCAAGCACAAGUGCGACGUGUGCGGCAAAGCGUUCAGCCGGCCGUGGCUGCUGCAGGGCCACAUGCGCUCGCACACGGGGGAGAAGCCGUUUGGGUGUGCGCACUGUGGCAAAGCGUUUGCUGACCGGUCUAACCUGCGCGCUCACAUGCAGACACACUCAGCCUUCAAGCACUAUAAGUGCAAACGAUGUAACAAGACGUUUGCUCUCAAGAGUUACCUGAACAAGCACUAUGAGUCGGCGUGCUUCAAGGGGGCGUUCUCCCCUCUGAGCUCCCUGGGAGAAUGA